ACUCCGCUGCUUGUUGCGGCCAAGUUGGGCACAUUGUUUUGCGGAUACUGUAGCACGGAAAAACCUUCCGCUGGAGUUGGCCUUCGGCAAUUCCAAAUUCCCAUCUGCUCCUCCACUCCCGAGGCGAGCGUAGAACCAAACCCUAGCUCCUCACUGACCCGCGUCGCUGCCACCCCAGAUCAAGACCGUACCGCGCUAGAGCGCGUGUCUCCCCCGGAUUCAAGCGCCGGCGCCGCAUGGGGUCCGACUCCAAGGAGUUGCUCGGGAUCGAGCCCCUCGAGCUCCGAUUCCCCUUCGAGACAAAGAAGCAGAUCUCGUGCUCGAUGCAGCUGACGAACAGAACAGAUGACUACAUCGCCUUCAAGGUUAAGACAACGAGCCCUAAGAAGUACUGCGUCCGACCGAAUAGCGGCAUUGUGCCACCACGGUCCACCAGCGAUGUCAUUGUGACAAUGCAAGCGCAAAAAGAGGCGCCGCCGGACAUGCAGUGCAAAGACAAGUUUCUCUUGCAGAGUGUCAUUGUUGGGGAGGGCACGUCAGCCAGGGACAUUACUGGAGAGAUGUUUACUAAAGAAUCAGGUAAUGUGGUGGACGAGGUGAAGCUGAAGGUUGUCUACGUCCCACCACCCAAACCGCCGUCUCCGGUGCAUGAGGGAUCUGAAGAAGGUUCGCCACCUCGUCCUUCAUUGUCCGGAGGAAGCAACUUGAAUUAUCAAGAGAUGCAGAUGUCGAGGGAAUCUGAUGAACCACCGUUGUUCUCUGCUGUAAAAGCUCAGAAGGACCAAGAAGACUUGACCUCUGAGACAUCUGCUUUGAUUUCAAGAUUGACCGAAGAGAGAAACUCUGCCAUUCAGCAGAACAAUAAGCUUCGAGAGGAGCUGGACCUUGUAAGGAGGGAAAUCAGCAAGCAGAAAGGUGGUUUCUCAUUUGUGUUCGUGGUGGCCAUUGCUCUCCUGGGAAUUGUACUAGGAUUUAUCAUGAAGAGAUAGAUGAGCUUGUGUGGCCGGUUUUCCUCGUAAUAUUGAAUAUUGUCUGGUGCAUUCAUUCACAUGUACUACACAGCUACUCCAUAGCACAUUCAUCUUAGGAUCUGGUGUCUUCACUCUUCAGUAAUUGCGUGCUUCAGAUGGCUGGCUACCACACCCAGGCAAUAAGCCUGUCUUAAUCUUGUGUUACUUCUGAUGUUAGCGUGUGCAACUAAGAAAUUGGGUUAUAUUGUUAUCUCUUGGGUCAACCCGCUAAGAAAUACUUCCAUGUAA